AUGGGUGACGCCAUCCCUCCCUUAACCCCGAAAAAAGAAAUCAACCUUCUUCGCGGCUGGCCGCAUUUCUCUCUGUUGCCAGUCGAGAAGAUUAAAAAGGCCAGUCAGAAAGCACUUGCUGAUGAGAAGACGGUUAUUCCGGGCCUGUGUUAUGGUCCUGAUCCGGGGUUUCAGCCGUUGAGAGAAUCGAUUCAGAGGUGGACGGGAAGAUUCUUUGGGGAUGAGGGAAAGAUGAGGGAUGGAGAGAAGAUUGGGGAUAGAAUUUGUAUAACAGGUGGUGCGAGUCAGAAUCUGGCUUGUGUGUUGCAGGUGUUUAGUGAUCCGAUUUAUACUAAUGUGUGGAUGGUUGCGCCGUGUUAUUUUUUGGCGUGUAGGAUUUUUGAGGAUAGUGGUGUGGUAAUCGGUGCUGUACCCGAGGGAGAUGAGGGAGUUGAUUUAGAAUAUCUGAGGAAGAAGUUGGAGACGGAAGAUGCAAAGCCUGCUACUAGACUCAAAUCCCAGAAACCCUGGUCAAAAAUCUACCGCCACAUCAUCUACUGCGUUCCUACCUUCUCCAACCCAUCCGGCAAAACCAUGUCUCUCACCUGCCGUCAAUCUCUCAUCCAAUUAGCACGAAAGCACGAUGCUCUGAUAAUCACAGACGACGUCUACGAUUCCCUUCUCUGGUCUACAACCCCAUCAACCUCUAAUCCAACCAAAGCUGUACUCCCCAGAUUAAUCGAUGUCGAUCGAACUCUCGAACCAACACCCGGUAAAGACAGUUUCGGGAAUGCCAUGUCUAACGGAUCAUUCUCAAAGAUUGCUGGGCCCGGCGUGAGAACUGGAUGGGCUGAAGCAAGUCCCAAAUUCAUCUAUGGAUUAAGUCAAUGUGGUUCUUCACGGUCUGGGGGCGCACCGAGUCAAUUGACUGCAACCAUGAUUAACGAAUUGCUUGUUUCAGGGGAUUUGGAGAAUCACAUCCAAAACACGCUUAUUCCAGCAUACAAACGUCGGUGCGAAUUUAUGGUCGACGCCAUCACCAAGUAUUUGUCGCCACUGGGAGUGUCGGUAGGAGAGACGUCGUUUUCCUCGACCUCUUCAUCCUCGGAUGGAGUAUUUGGUGGUUACUUCAUUUGGAUAGAUCUCCCUUCAGAUAUCAACGCUGAGGUUGUGUCUCUGAAGGCUAGACAGCAGGAGAAUCUUAUUGUUGCGCCAGGCAAGCUUUUUGAGGUGUACGGAGAUGAAAGUGUCACGUUUCCAAAUUCAAUACGGCUGUGCUUUUCUUUCGAGGAGGAAAAGGAUUUGGCGGAAGGUGUUGAGCGGUUAGGUAACGCUAUCAAGGCCGUCAGAGAAAGUGGAGCUGGUAACAAGGGAUUGGGAGGUGAAGUUGAUUUAGCAUUGUUCAGAUGA